UGAUCCUCGUGCCAUUUGAUUAUUAAUUGGAGUUCUUUCCUCAUUUUUUUUUUCUUUUUUUUUUUUCCUUCUUUGGCCAAUAGUUCUUUCCUCAUUUAUACAUGUGUUUAUAUAUACAAAUUAAUAUAUAAAUAAUCUUAUAUUGGGCGCUUAGCAUUCUAUCUACGCAUUGGAUCUAGCUCAGUACAAAAUUUGUUUAUAUUAAUAUAUGUACUUUGCUAGCACAAACAGAAACCAAAAACACUCAAGAUAUGGGAGAAAUACACACAGAAUUGAAAAGGGUAGAGGAAGAAGAGUUGGGUCAUAAGCAAGCCAAAGUAGAUAUAUGGAAAUAUGUAUUCGGGUUUGUAGAAAUGGCAGUGGUGAAAUCUGCCAUUGAGCUUGGGAUAGCAGACACCAUAGAAACACAUGGAAACUUCCCCAUGACACUCUCAGAGUUGUCAUCCACACUUGGCUGCUCUGCUUCCCACCUCUACCGCAUCAUGAGGUUCUUAAUCCACCGCGGAAUAUUCAAAGAGACAAAAACAUCCCAAUUAGGCUCCCCAGCUUAUUCACAAACACCUCUUUCACACAUGCUCAUGAGGUCAGGGGAACAUAGCAUGGCUGCGUUACUUCUGCUCGAAAGCAGCACUCCUAUGCUGGCACCUUGGGAUGGCCUAAGUGCCCGAAUACUUGGCACUGCCUCGUCCGCGUUCGAGGCUGCAAACAGUGAUGAUUUGUGGAGCUACACAAUGGCCAAUCCUGCUCACAGCCAGCUUCUCAAUGAAGCAAUGGGCUCUAUUGCAAGGGUGAAUGUGGCCGCAAUAGUUGAUAAGUGUGGGGACUUGUUCGAGGGGAUUGAGACCGUGGUGGAUGUUGGCGGUGGAAAUGGGACGGCUUUGGGAUUGUUGGUGAAGGCUUAUCCAUGGAUUCGAGGCAUCAACUUUGAUCUUCCUCAUGUUGUUUGUGUGGCAGAGAAGAUUGAUUGUGUUGAGAAUGUUGGAGGUGACAUGUUUGAUUUUAUUCCCAAGGCUGAUGUUGCUUUUAUCAUGUCGGUACUUCAUGACUGGGGAGACGAUGAGUGUAUCAGAAUACUAAAGAAGUGUAGAGAAGCUAUUUCAGAGGACAAAGGGAAGGUGAUAAUCAUAGAAGCAGUGAUUGAAAAAGAUAAUAAGAAAGAAGACAAGCUAAGCAAUGUAAGGCUGAUGCUUGACAUGAUUAUGAUGGCACAUACUAAUACAGGCAAAGAGAGAACAUUGAAUGAAUGGGAAUAUGUCCUUAAUGAGGCCGGGUUUAGUCGAUUCUCUGUAAGACCAAUUGAUGCAUUGCCAUCUGUUAUUGAGGCUUUUCCUUGAUCUGUAGGCUACAAGUUUGGGGUAUAGAAAAAUUGUUGUCUUCAAAAUUAGAGUCUAAUGGUAUGUUCAGGUUAUCCAUUUAUGCAUCUCUGCUGUGAGCUGCAAUGAUUCAAACCAUCAUAAGUAGCUAAAAUGGUGUAGUUGAAAGUUUCAAAUUCAGGUUUCUUAGGUUCAGUCUUAUAAAUGGAAUCCAAACACUUGUAAUAUUCAGAAUAUUUUAGUUUUUCCAAGUUAUGGACUUAA